GGUUUGGAGCGGGUGCACUCCGAUGGAGAGGAAACCACGCCGAGCAUCAGUCAGACCGGCCCCGGCUACACUGCAGGGUGCUGGAAGGAGCCCGAGACCUCUAAACAGGACAUGAGAGGCUGCCCAUUCCCAGCAGACACCCGCUUGAGCAGAUCUAGAUUCCUGUUUAUUAACGGUUUGGUUUCAUUCCCACAGGGUUUGUUUUUUUGUUUUUUUUUUAAUCGGGCUGUGAUUUGGGAAUGGUUUCCUUGCUUCAGGACCAAGCCAGUAUUAAGUUCCCUUCUUCGGACACACUGAACAGCGACCAACAAGACGACCUCAUGCAGAUGCAGGGAGACUCCAGCCCCCCAGAGCAGCAAGCUGAUAAUCCCAGUUUCAGCUGCCAGGCGUACGAUCUGGACAGCAGGACAGAAAGGAAGGGUUCAGACUCGUCGCACAGCCCCAGCCCCUCUUCUCCAGCCCAUGACCCACUUCACGGGAGAUUCCCUGCCAGCCAAGCCAUCCAUGCUGCGAGGAGCAAGUUUAAAACCACCCACAGUCUGGACAAAUUCAGAAGGUAUAGCUACGACGAAAACACGGCUGGGACCUACGGCAGCUUUCUCAAGAGCACCAGGAACCCCUUCCAUCCUUACAAGAGGCAGAUCAGUGAGGAGGUCUUCCAAGAAAGCCAUCAAGCCCUCGCUCUGGAUGAUCAUGCCUUCAAAAAUGCAAGCAGCGUUGAGACUUUUGAAGAGCUGCCAGGAUCUACAGGCACGGGAGAGACAGAGGCCUUUCCCACACACGUUCCCAACAUCUCCACGGAGCAAACAUGGUGCAACAGCCUCCAGUACAACACCCGGGGCCCAGAUCCCGGCACUCAAGCCUUGCAGGAUUCAGAGGUCAGCCUUAAAGGCCUGUCACUGGAAGGGCAGCCCGGUCUGUACUGUUACCAGUCUCAGGUGCAAGAGAUGUACUGCUCCUCGCACCCAUUCCAGCAGUAUUCUCCAGGAAGCAGCUAUCCUGUGACCUAUCUCUCUUCGUCCCAGUACCCCUACCAGAGGAUCGCUCCUCAAGGAAGCCAAGAGUCCCACCAGCCUCUAUUUCCAAAGCCGAUCUACUCCUACAGCAUCCUGAUCUUCAUGGCACUCAAGAACAGCAAGACGGGGAGCCUGCCAGUCAGCGAGAUUUACAAUUUCAUGACGGAACAUUUCCCUUAUUUUAAGACAGCUCCGGACGGCUGGAAGAAUUCUGUACGCCAUAACUUAUCCUUGAACAAGUGCUUUGAGAAAGUUGAAAAUAAGUCAGGCAGCUCUUCUCGGAAAGGCUGUCUGUGGGCACUGAAUCCAGCCAAAAUCGAUAAGAUGCAGGAAGAGCUCCAGAAAUGGAAGAGGAAAGAUCCGGUCGCUGUGAGGAAGAGUAUGGCCAAGCCAGAAGAGCUCGACACAUUGAUAGGAGAGAAGAUGGACAAACUGAGGCCUUCCGUCAUGGCCUGCAAUCCAAAUGGAGUCAAAAGUUCAUCGGGGGUUUCCAGACAGAUGUUAGUCCAGCCCCACUCUCUGUGUGACCCAUCCCUCUCGUCUGGUAUCCCACAGUCUUUGCAUGCUAUUCAUCCACCAGGACCAUUAUGUGCCAAGAACCCGCUACCAAGUUUGCUCGGAGGGCACCACUCUUCGUGCUAUGCAUCAUCACAGGGCUUUCCUCCAAUCUCGACUACGUUAAUGCAGCAAUCACCAGGAAUCCCUCAGACCAUAUUCCCUUCUGGAGAUACCCAAAGUGAACUCAGGGCACAGCCUAGCACCACCCAGGACUCCCCCUUGCCAGCUCAGACUCCUCCUAUACAUGGCAUGAAGAUGCUGACGGAGCAGUCUGCGACCCGAACAAUGCAGGACACGCUCAUGCAAGACGGCGACCUGAGCAAUGACAUCGACGCCCUUAAUCCAUCCCUGACUGAUUUUGAUCUCCAAGGAAAUCUCUGGGAAGAACUGAAAGACGACAGCCUGGCUGCGGACCCCCUGGUUCUCAUCUCAUCCUCCCCAGCCCCCUCCCAGUGUUUGCCUCCACACUGCCAGGUGGAUGGCGGCAGCAGCAGCAGCACCCCCCACACCAGCUUACCUGACCUCCAGCUUACCACCCUUUACUCGGCAUUUAUGGAAGUGGAUGCAGUGUCUACACCCUACUUGAGCAAUCCUGGAUCGAAGCCCAUAGCAUUAGUGUGAACCACAAGCCAACCUACCUGCUGUUAUUUUUGUCCCAACACUCUGGCACCUUCAGCUAAAAUAAAUCAGUACCGUGUCCAGCCAUGUAAGAACUCGCUCUUUUUUUCUAGAGCUGGCCUGCAGGAAAUAGAAGCCUUCUCUCAGCCUACCUGUAAGAGAAAAUAUUAAAUGCUGG